AUGGCCGAUGAACUACCUCCCACCCUCCAGAACGUCCUUGAUCAGCACUCUCUCAAGUGGAUCUUUUGCGGCACGUGGCAAGGGAGGCGGAAGACCACCACGUCCUGCGCGCUUGCCAUCCAGCUCGCCCAGUGUCGCGAGUCUGUUCUCCUGAUCUCCACGGACCCCGCACACAAUCUGUCAGAUGCAUUCGGUCAGAAGUUCUCCAAAGAUGCAACCAAGGUCAACGGCUUUGACAACCUAUCUGCCAUGGAGAUCGACCCGACGAGCGCGAUCCAGGAGAUGGUCGAGCAGUCCGACUCGAAUGGGAUGAUGGGCUCGAUGAUGCAGGACCUUGCAUUUGCCAUCCCCGGUGUAGACGAAGCCAUGAGCUUCGCUGAGAUCAUGAAACACGUCAAGUCGAUGGAGUAUUCUGUUAUCGUCUUUGAUACCGCACCUACUGGCCACACCCUUCGCUUCCUCUCCUUCCCUACAGUCCUCGAAAAGGCGCUCGGCAAACUCAGCACGCUGAGUGGGCAGUUUGGUCCAAUGAUCAGACAAAUGUCCAGCAUGAUGGGCGGACAGCAAGAUUCACAAGAAGACAUGUUUGCCAAGCUAGAGUCGAUGCGCGCGGUCAUUAACGAAGUGAACACGCAAUUCAAGGAUCCUGAAAAGACGACUUUUGUUUGCGUGUGCAUCUCCGAGUUCCUGUCUCUUUACGAGACCGAACGGCUCGUCCAAGAGUUGACCGCGUACGAGAUCGACACGCAUAACAUCGUCGUCAACCAGUUGCUCUUCCCGAAGGCUUCUGCAAAUUGUGAGCACUGUACUGUGCGCCAGAAAAUGCAACAGAAAUACCUUGGCGAAGCCCAUGAGCUCUAUGACGAAUUCUUCCAUAUCAUCCAACUGCCCCUUCUUACCGAGGAGGUUCGUGGGCCCCAGAAGCUCAAGGAGUUUAGCAAGAUGCUUGUGGAACCAUAUGUGCCUAACUCGGAUUAA